AUGGGCAGGCGGGCCCAUCCCCGGCCAAGGCGACGCCAUCGGCGCCAGCGUCACCAUCGCGUGCGGGGAAGCCAUUCUCACCCCCCCUGCCCUGCUCCCCUUUCGAGACGUCUCAAAAGUCGUCCCCCCCUGCCCUGCUCCCCUUUCGAGACGUCUCAAAAGUCGCCCCCCCUUCCCUGCUCCCCUCACUCCCCACCAGCGUACAAGAAGUGGAGCGACCCGGCCACGUGGGCAGGCGGGCCCAUCCCGGGCCAGGGCGACGCCGCGGGAGCCAACGUAACCAUCGCGUGCGGGGAAGCACUCCUCCUCGACUCCUCCCCUAUCGCCCUCAACCCACCCACCCCCUUCGCCUUCUUCCCCCCCCCCCCCUCCCCUUCCCUUUCCCCACCAGCGUACAAGAAGUGGAGCGACCCAGCCACAUGGGCCCCCGGGCCCAUCCCAGGCCAGGGCGACGCUAAGGGAGCCAACGUCACCAUCGCGUGCGGGGAGGCCAUUCUGCUCGACACCUCCCCCAUCGCCCUCACGCUGCUCAACAUCCGCGGCUUCCUCCGCGUGCUCGACUCCCCCGCGCUGCCCAAAAUCGACCUGUCCGCGGCGUUCAUAGUGGUGCAGGGGAAUUUUUCCAUCGGCACGCCGCAGCAGCACUUCAGGCAGAGGAUCAAGAUCACGCUCACGCCUAAUCCCAACAACAGGGCGGAUUAUCUGUUCACCGAGAACCUUCCAGCGGAGCCCGCGUUUCCACGGAAUCUCGGGCACAAGGCGUUCGCCGUGGUGGGCGGCCAGGUGGAUUUCCACGGCAUGCCAGGUGGCAGCAACACGCCCGCGUGGACGAAGCUGACGGCGACAGCUCAGCCCAACGACCUGGUGAUUACAGUGCAGGAUGACGUCAGCGCGUGGCCUCAGGACGCCUUCGUUGUUGUCACAUCCACCGACUACUUCCCCGACCAGGCCGAAGUCGUGGGGAUCAUCGAUGAUCCCAAGGGCGUGCUUGACCAGAACCGCUCACCAUGCUCCCUGUCCCGAAUUCUCUCUCCCUUACCCUCCUCCCACCGUCCCCUUUCGCCAGUGGUGGCCCUCCCUUCGGGCGGCUCGAAAAUCUUCCUUGAAAAGCCGCUCCGCCUGAUGCACUUCGGAGAUCCCAAGGGCGUGCCGGACGGCUUCGGGGGCUUCGUGGACCAACGGGCCGAAGUGGCCCUCCUCAACCGCACCAUCGCCAUCACGGGAACAGACGAGCCUGCGCCGUACCACCGGGAGGGCGGCCACUUCAUGAUCUUUAUGAGCAACACUCCGCAGUUUAUAGAGGGCGUGGAGUUUGCGCAGAUGGGGCAGCAGGGGAAGCUGGGGCGGUAUAACAUUCAUUUUCACGUGUGCGGGGAUGAUGGCGGGCGGAGCGUUGUGCGGAAGAACGUGAUGCAUGACAGCAAGCAGCGCUGUGUGGUGGUGCACACGACCUUCAAUCUGACAGUCGAAGAAAAUGUGGCAUACCACACGAGGGGGCACUGCUUCAUGGUGGAGGAGGGUGGGGAGACCGACAACACCUUCCUGCGCAACCUCGGCAUCUGGACUCGUGCAGUGGAGGUGCUCAUUCCGCUGUCAGCAGCCGACCCCACCAAGACCGAGGAGACGGACGACAACCCGUCCACGUUUUGGAUCACCAACCCCAACAACAACCUCAUUGGGAACGUCGCCGCUGGCUCUGAGAACUCAGGCUUCUGGAUGGAGCUGAGGGACAGGGUGCGCGGCUUCACCCUCUCCUACCCCGGGCUCAACACCACAGUCCCCGCCAACGGCCCCUUUGGCAUCUACCGGGAUAACGUGGCUCACAGCAACAGAGGGCCAGGGUGGAGGACGUAUCCCAAGGGGGUGCGACCCAGGCAAACCUGGUCCCUGGACUCUCCCAUCCCCCAGUGGCAGUGGAAGCCGUCUACAGGCACCAUCAGUGGGCUGCUUCUCUACAAGCAAUCCGGAGACGGUUUGUUCGUGCACAAUUCAGACAGUCUCAUAAUCACCAACAGCACGUUUGCUGACAACCGGCAGGGAGUGAACCUGCUGGGGAACACGGGCGUGAGGGUGACUGAGAGCCGGUUCAUUGGGGUGACCCCCAACUAUGGCAACCCACGCAUGUGUGACUCCACGCCUCAGAUGUGUGGCCCUGUGGCCGGCUGCGACUUCCCCCUGGCUGUUGGGCAGCAGGGGCGGUCGCAGGGGUGGUCGCAUUGGAAGAACCCCAUCUUCGGCAUCAUCAUCGACCAUCCCACCUUCGGAUUCGACUUUGCCCGCGCCCACGCCAUCUCCAACUGCCGGUUCCACGCGUUUGACAGCACGUGCCGCCCAGCUGCUGCCAUCGGCGCGGGCAUCAACGGAGGUCCCAAGGACACGUGGGCCACGGCCACCAGCGUGCAGGCUGUGACAGGCACGCCAGGCACCAACAUGCUCUUCUUCCCGCCCCGCAACUUCACCUUUCCCGGCGGUGACGUGAACCUGGGCGGAGAGGCAACGGACCUCUACACCCUGUGGGACAAAGACGGCUCUCUUCUCAACGCCACUUCAGGAGGCUACCUACUGGCCAACAACACCGCUCUGCUGCCACCCACCAAGCGCUUCCCUGCUUGCCAGCCCGUGCCUGCUUGGAACGCCUAUGCGUGCCGAGGCACGUGCUAUCGCACCGUCAUGUUCACUUACUUGGAGCCGGGGUUUGCAGUGUAUGAGAACAGCAGCGUGCCCGACACACGCAAGCGAGGCGACUUCAGCUACCUCGCCAUUCGCCGCAUAGAGGACGACACAGUGAUCACAGUGGACGGCAAUCUACGGUCGGUGGGCAACAUGUGGACGGCAGGGCAGCGCAUAUUCGUGGUGCCCCUGCUGGCGAACGCCACGUACGAGGUCAACGUAGGGUUACCGCGUAACAACCGCGCCUUCUUCCCCAGCAACAUCACGGUGCAAGUGCGCGACAGCAACGGAUGCAGCGGGCCCGUGACUCUGAGGAUUCCGGCGAAGCAGAGCAACCAGUGGAUGAUCAGAGAGGAGCAAGACGUGAACUGGAAUGCUGGUGUUGCUUCUAGUGCUGGUGUUGCUUCUAGUGCUGGUGUUGCUUCUAGUGCUGGUGUUGCUUCUAGUGCUGGUGUUGCUUCUAGUGCUGGUGUUGCUUCUAGUGCUGGUGUUGCUUCUAGUGCUGGUGUUGCUUCUAGUGCUGGUGUUGCUUCUAGUGCUGGUGUUGCUUCUAGUGCUGGUGUUGCUUCUAGUGCUGGUGUUGCUUCUAGUGCUGGUGUUGCUUCUAGUGCUGGUGUUGCUUCUAGUGCUGGUGUUGCUUCUAGUGCUGGUGUUGCUUCUAGUGCUGGUGUUGCUUCUAGUGCUGGUGUUGCUUCUAGUGCUGGUGUUGCUUCUAGUGCUGGUGUUGCUUCUAGUGCUGGUGUUGCUUCUAGUGCUGGUGUUGUUUCUAGUGCCGGUGCUGCUUCUAGUGCUGGUGCUGCUAGUGCUCAAGUCGCCAUUUUUCUCACUCCACCUGCCCUCAUCUCUCCCCUUCCCCACCAUGCUCCAGGGCCUGUCCCGGCACAUCAGACAGGGCAGCGGUGCAGUUUUCAUUCGUGUGCUUCAAGAUCAAGCCCGCCCUCGAGCUCUCUUUCGACGGAACCUACUCCAAGCCCAUUGUGCUUCAAAUGCCCUCCCACCUGCACCCGCCCCUCCUUCUCCCUCUCCCAGAGCCUGCGCUGGCACGGCAGGCAAGGCAGCGGUGCAGAUCUCAUUUGUGUGCUUCAAGAUCAAGCCCACCCUCGAGCUCUCUUUCGACGGAACCUACUCCAAGCCCAUUGUGCUUCAAAUGCCCACCCACCCGCACCCGCCCCUCCUUCUCCCUCUCCCAGAGCCUGCGCUGGCACGGCAGACAAGGCAGCGGUGCAGUUUUCAUUCGUGUGCUUCAAGAUCAAGCCCACCCUCGAGCUCUCUUUCGACGGAACCUACUCCAAGCCCAUUGUGCUUCAAAUGCCCACCCACCCGCACCCGCCCCUCCUUCUCCCUCUCCCAGAGCCUGCGCUGGCACGGCAGACAAGGCAGCGGUGCAGUUCUCAUUCGUGUGCUUCAAGAUCAAGCCCACCCUCGAGCUCUCUUUCGACGGAACCUACUCCAAGCCCAUUGUGCUUCAAAUGCCCACCCACCCGCACCCACCCCUCCUUCUCCCUCUCCCAGAGCCUGCGCUGGCACGGCAGACAAGGCGCGGUGCAGUUCUCAUUCGUGUGCUUCAAGUUCAAGCCCACCCUCGAGCUCUCUUUCGAUGGAACCUACUCCAAGCCCGUCGUGCUCCGCGCCUCCGCCGACCCUGUCACCGGUUGCCGCCUCCCCUAUCGCUGCGGCCUCGUGGCACCGGGGUCCACAUGGGCGUACGACGUGAGCGGCAGGGAGCUGCACGCAGCAGUGACGGGCGCCAUGGGCUUCAGCUCGCCUCGUUUCAACGACGCCUCCUGGCCCCGAGGCCCGGCCAUCAUAGGCUAUGUGGGAUGGCGGUGGAGUGGCAUCAGCACAUGGACACCUCUCUCAGGAGACGCGCUCCCCACCUUCUACUACCGGCGGCCGUUCCGAGUGGCCAACAGCGCGUGUGCCACAGGGCUGUAUGUGGAUGUGAUAGUCAACGACGGCGUGCUGCUGUACCUGAAUGGGGUGGAGAUGCUGCGAGUCAACAUGGCUCCUGGAGCAGUCAAUGUGUCAUCCAGGGCCUUGUCCAACCUGAACGUGUGGGACUACACGUCCUUCUUCAUCCCUCUUAACGCCACGGCUCCAUUCUCUCUGGCCGAGGGCACCAACCACAUCGCGGCAGAAUCACACGCCGCCAUCUGGACCACCGAGAACUUCUUUGACCUCAAGCUGUCCGCUCAGAUGGAUAGUGCAACAUGCAGCGGAGUGCUGAUACUGCAGGAGGUGUGCGAUGGGCUCGACAACAACAACGACGGCAAGAUUGACAUUGACCCACUAACCGAUCGCCCACUCACGCGCCCGUGCCGCAACCCCUGUGGGUCGGGGAUAGAGACGUGCAUUGAUGGGGCGUUCCAGAACUGCACUGCCCCCGUGCACGGGCCGGAAGUCUGCAACGGAGUGGACGACAACUGUGACGGCCUGAUCGACAACUCGCCCUCCCCAUCCGCCCCUCAGCUUGACUGUGCCAACGGCUCUCUCUGCUUCAAGGGGCAGUGCCUGCCGUACGGCCCUCUCACCACUCCGCUGACAGUGAUCAACAAGAGCGCUGCUGGGUGGCUUUACUACGAUAAGGGGUACCUGCCCCAGUCUUACCCCACCUGGAGCACCAACAGCAAUGUGCCAGCUCGCUUACUCAAGGAGGGGGCAGCACCGUUCGGGUUCAACUCAGCAUCACCCACGGCCACCAACCUCUCGCAGCUCACCAGUGGCGACUCCGCCUACUUCUUCCUCAAGAGUUUCUCCCUCACGGAGGAGGAGGUCAACACCACCUGGAGCUACUCCGCAUCUAUCCAGAGGGACGAUGGGGCUGUCCUCUUGAUGAACGGGGCCGAGUUUUUUCCGCACCAACAUGCCUGCUGGCCCUGUUACCUCCGCUACCUUUGCUGCAACCGGCACGUGGGGGCCGACAAGACUGCAUUCUUCAACAGCACGCCCUUCCGCUCCAUCGCACAAUUCCUGCAGCCGGGCACCAACUGGGUGGGAGUGCAGCUUCAUCAGUCGCGCUGGUCAAGCGAUGCUCUCUUUGAUAUCGAACUCACCCGCCACGCCAUGCGCCCCUGCUCCGCGCUGGAGGGCUCUCCCGCGGCCUGCGUGCGCACACCCCCGGCUGACACUCUCCUGCUCGCGCAAGGGUCAACAUGGGCCUACAACGAUGCCUCCCAGCCACCGCCCAACCCUGACACGUGGUUCCUGCCCUCCUUUGAUGACUCUGCAUGGCUCAAAGGUCCCGCGCCCCUAGCAGCGGGCAACAGCAGGGCAGCCACCAACCUCACCCUCAACAGCACCACCAGCGGCUCACGAGUGGCGCACUAUUUCCGCCGCGCCUUCACUGUCACCGAUGCUGCCUGCCACGUGGCACUCACCGUCUCCUUCAACAUUGCUGACGGCGCUGUGGUGUACCUCAAUGGAAUCGAGGCAUACCGUUUCCAGAUGCCUCCCCCCUCAUGGGGCCCGGUCACGCCGGCCACCACCGCAACGGGCGGCUAUGUGUGGCGGUGGGUGCCGUCCGUUCUGUCGGGCGGGUGGCUGCAGCAGGGGGCGAAUGUGAUAGCGGUGGAGGUGCAUCAACAGAAGAGCUCCAACACUCUGCUCACGUUCGACGUGCAGGUUACCAGUAAGCGGGAGGCCAUAGCAUGCACUCCUGCCCCGCAGUAA